AUGUCUGAGCUGCGUCGCAUCCUUCUGGCCCAGCCGAAGGCAGAGGGCCUGGGAAACGUGCCCAAGCGAGCUACAGAGUUGUUGGAGGACCUGCAAAUGAGCAUGAUGGAGACCAUCCGCAAUGAGUUCAAGGGCCUGAAAGAGGCGCAGGAGGAGAAGCAGAGCCCAGAGAACGCCUCGCUGUCCUCGCUGGCCGUCGGCAUCACCUCGCAGAUUCACAACCUGAGGGAUGACCUGCUGACCAUCCUGCACAGCAACGGGUCUCAGGGCAGCGUCUGCAGUUCCACUCGGAAUUCCUGCAGCCCGCCUCCACGCAUCGUCGCCAUGCCACGAGAGGAGUCUCCCCCGGCUGCACGAGUCGUGGGACCAGCGGCUACGGCUCCUAUCUCCGGCUUCUCUACCGAACCAGUGGUCCGCCCUGCCACAGCCUCGCCCACCCCGGACGGGCGGUUGUCCCCAGCACCCCCUCUCUCCCAGAAUUCCCUCCCCAACUCCCUGCCCUGUUCCGUCCCGGGCUCCGUGAUGCCCUCAUCUCCCCACCUCCGCAUGUCCAAGCCCCUGCAGCAGCGCCUGGUGGUUACCGCCUCCACUGGCCAGCUGCCUGCUGCCAAUCGCUCGCCGUCGCCUCCCUCCAUGUACCGCCGCUACGUGGUCCCUUCCUACCAGAAGCCUGGAAGGGCACAGCAAGCCACGAGGCCCACGGCUCGGUCUAUGUCCCCCCUUCCACGGACGGGCUAUCUGCCCAUGGCUCCACGAGGUCGCCACACAGGAUGGAUGCCUUCGAUGCCGGUGGCGCCCGUGUCGGUGCGAUGGUCACCGAGCCCCCGGCAGCGUACGAACAUAUCGCCCGCAACAACAAUUCACGGCUCCGGUCCCUUCCAUUCGCUGCAGGAACCAGUAGCCGUCGAUCCGCGUAAAGCCCCAACGCCUCCGUCCAACACUGCCGCGGCGCCGGCAAGGGCGGAGGUCACCUCGAAGCCUCACGCAGCCCGUGUUGAGUCUGUGGAGUCCCUCAGCGU